AUUCUUUAGUUGUUUGUACAAUUCGUUUGGGAACGGACGCGGGUUAUGCGUUGUUUUACAUCGGACAAAACUUUGAAUAGGCGAUGUGUUAUAAAAUUAAUGAGAGUGUGAAAUGUGUGUAGUUGUAUAAUCUAAUUAUAAUUAAAUGCAGAUAUACCUUGGGAAAAUGGAGUCACGCGUACUAGUUCUAUGGAUUACCCUAGUUAGUUUGGCUUGUUCGGAAGAUAUACGAUCUUCAGAUUUGGGAGUUAAAAUACCUAAUGAAAUUGAAAAUGAAAGUAUAUCGUCAUCCGUAAAUGAAUUCGGAUUUAAGUUGAUCAAGGAAUUGAUGAGAAGAAAUGAAAACCAAAAUAUUGUAAUUUCUCCAGCAGGCAUUUCUGGAUUGCUUGCAAUGGCGUUGUUAGGGAGUGUCGGUGAAUCGUACGAGGAACUAGCCCGCGUACUUGGAUUUUCCGAAGAUGUUAGACGUAACCGGGAAAACCACGACCAUUUCGGUGAUUUAUUGCGGUCUUUAAAUAUAAAUGAUACAUCGAGUAAAACCAUGUAUGCUGACGUAAUUUUUGCCGAUAAGAGCUCAAUUCUUCGGGAAGCUUACCGUUCAUACCUAAGCAGGGUAUACGGCGGUGAUGCUCUAACUACCGAUUUUAAAAAUCAGCAAGCAGCAAAAGACCUUAUAAAUGAGUGGGUCUAUGAUAAUACUAAAGGGAAAAUAUCAAAUUUCUUAAAAGAAGCUCUUCCAAUUGACACAAAAGUUGUAUUACUUAGUGCCCUGUACUUCAGUGGACAGUGGAAGCACCCGUUUUUGAUUGAGUUUACUAAAAAACUCCCAUUCAAGGGACUAACUGAAGAUGUAAUGGUUGAACAAAUGCUGAAUAUGGGCAGUUUUCCGUAUAUUUUUUCAUAUAAUGAUGAUUUACACAUGAUUGCUCUACCAUACAACGAUAGUGUGACUACAAUGUACGCCUUAAAACCGCGUCGACCAAACGAUCUCACUUUAGCAGAACUGCUCAAUAGAUUGGACUUCAACAAAAUAGACGCUCUUAUCGCGAAAAUGGAAAAUAGGAAAUGUGUUAUAAGAUACCCAAAGAUGAACCUGCAGAGGACUGAGAAUUUAGAAGAAUCUCUUAAGGCAAUCGGUGUGAGAAAUAUAUUUAAACCUGGACAAGCAAAUUUUGCUCUAAUGGUAGACAACAAUAGUGUGGUCAAUAGAACAGUUAAUGAAAUAGUUAGUAGAAUUAAUACAGGAGACAUUGAUGAUUCAAGGUCUUUAAAAGAAGUUGUAGAUAGCCUUCCUAAUCCAGGAGUAUAUGUGGAUACAGUUUUACAUGAUGUCAAACUCACUGUUGAUGAAUAUGGAACUGAAGCUGUGGCAGCAACCAGUGGGAUAUUAGCUCGAUCAGCCGAACUAUUUUAUGCAGAUACACCAUUCUUUAUGUUUAUACGCAAUGAGAGGACUAAACUCGUAACAUUUAGUGCAAUUAUAUCAAAUCCAAAAUCAUUUCAAACUUAAAAUAUUUUUUUUUAAUAGUCUUAGUUUGAUUACACUUUUUUACUUAACAAUCACUUAGUAAUUUUCUUACAUAAAACAGUAGGUUAUUUUCUUGUUUAUCUGAUGCUUGAUAAAACUUAAACUUUUUUUAAAGAUUUACAGUAGUCUGUAGUAAUGAAUUAUAAAUGCAAGUGGUAUGAUUACACAACUAAUCAUAUUUCUGUUCAUUUACAUUAUGGUGGUAUUAAUCAACAAUUAAAUGUUUAUUAAACUAUUUUUUUCAUUAUCUUGUACACCUGAUUGUUUAAAUGAACCAUAUCCUAAUAUGAUCAAUACAUAAAAAUGUUUUAACAAUAUCAAUUAUAUUAUAAUGAUAUUAUAUAAAAUGUUUUAUCAUAUUUAUAACUUUAUUAAAUGAAACUUCUAGUGUA